AUGAUGUUCGCAACUACGGGUGAUAAAGGAGAUCCGGAUAGACCAUUAAGGCCAGUAGUAUCCACUGUAGGGUCUGCAACUUACCGGAUGGCACAAUAUUUAGCGGCUAUUCUUGGUAAACUCGUUGGAAAACCCGAAUUUCAUGUUCGCAACAGCUUUGAUUUUGCCGAAGAAAUUUCACGAGUGCAAGUACCCGAUGGAUAUGUCAUGUAUUCGUUAGACGUGGUAUCUCUCUACACAAAUGUGCCCGUAGAGGAGGUGUACGAAUGUGUUGAGGAACGAUGGGGAGAACUACAGGAACACACCACCAUUCCUUGGAACAGCUUCAAAGAAGCAAUGAAAACGGUCCUCGAUGCAUCUUUCUUCCAAUAUGAAGGAAAAUUCUAUGGGCAGAAAGCGGGGGUGCCCAUGGGAUCUCCUUUAUCAUCGGUAGUUGCGAACAUCAUCAUGGAAAAACUAGAAAAUGAAGCAAUAGCACGUCUGAAACAGCAGAAUAUAUCGCUCAGAACCUAUCGACGGUACGUGGAUGACUGUUUUGUCGUGGGGAAGAAAGCAGAGAUCGAAAAAGUGGUGAAAGAGUUUAAUGAGGGACACGAGAAAAUUAAUUUUACAAUAGAGAAUGAGAUCGAAGGCACCCUUCGGUUCUUAGAUCUCACGCUCAUUAGAAAGGGAGGAAAAAUAGCAAAGAUCUGGUUCCCGAAGCAGCAAUACGGUCGGUAUCUGGACUAUAACUCGGAGAGUCCACAUACUCACAAGGUUAACACUGCCAUUGCGCUCGUCGAUCGCGCACUGAAACUCGCGGAUGUGGAGAGUAGGAUAGAGAGCAUAAAGACCGCGAGAAAAAUUCUGCGUAACAACAACUACCCGGAGGCGCUAAUUCAACGUACUCUGGAGAGAAGGGUUCACUUACUCUACAACACGCUCCAAGGCAACCAAAAAACCGAACAACCGAAGAAAUACGUUUCGCUCCCGUAUGUACCGGGACUCAGUGAAAAGGUGGGGAAUAUGCUGAAAAAUUUUGAUAUCACGGCGUCUUUCAAGCCGUCGGAUAAGGUGAAAAAUGUGGUUUUCACCAAACUGAAGGACGCUGUACCAAAAAUGAAACAAAUAAAUGUUGUGUACAGCAUCCCAUGUGGCGCAUGUGACGACAAACAUUAUAUAGGACAAACAUCACAAACAUUGGAAAAACGCAUUGGACAACAUAAAAACUCCAUUCGUACUAACACAUCAGCAACGGGACUCACGCAGCACACUCUGGAGCAUGGCCACAGUUUUGACUUCUCUCGAACGAGAAUUCUAGAGAGAAUCAACAACAAUGCGAGCAGGCUAUCUGCUUAA